AUGUCCGAGUUCAUCGGAUCCCGCAUUUCGCUCAUCUCCAAGAGCGACAUCCGCUAUGUCGGUACGCUUGUCGAAAUCAACUCAGAAGCCUCCACAGUCUCAUUAGACAAUGUGCGCUCAUUCGGCACCGAGGGGCGCAAGGGUGGCAAGGACGAAUACCCGCCAUCAGACGUCGUGUACGAGCAGAUUGUCUUUCGAGGCAGCGACGUAAAGGAUCUGCGCAUUGAAGAGCCCGUCAAAGAAAAGGCGCAGCCCGCCAUGCCCCAGGACCCAGCUAUCAUCGGAGUACAACAGUCCCAGUCGCGGCAAGAUGGCAGUCCGCAAGAUAUUACCGGCCGCCAACAACCGCCGCCCAAUUAUCCUCAACCCGGCCAGUUCCCCCCGGGUGGUUAUCCUCCUCCCUUCGGCGGCCCUGGUGGCCCUGGUGGUCCAUAUGGCAACCGUUUCGGUCCCCAGGGCGGGUUCCCUGGUGGUCCCGGUCCUUUCCCAGGCCCUGGAGGCCCCCCGGGUGCAUAUGGCAUGCCGCCUUUUGGCGCGCCUCCCGGCUGGUUUCCCCCAGGCCAAGGCUUCCACCAGCCUCCGGGGCCAUUCUCACCGAACAUGCCGAUUGGCCCUCCUGGCUUGAACCAGAAUCAACCACCGCAGGGCCCACGAGGUCCCUCGGGUCCACAAGCAGGUAAAGAUGAGAAGCCUGGUCAAGUUCAGCAACCAAAGGUCGCAGAGGCAGAUGGUGCAGCAGCCAAACCACAACCCAAGAACGGUGCAAAGGCAGCCCCAACACCAAAUGCAGCAGCAAAACAGCCCCCUCCGCCCCCAGUCGACUCAAAACCUGAUGUGUCGGCUGCGUUAGCACCACCCCAUCCUCAAGUGGCUCAACAAGCUGCUGCUUCCAAGGGUGCACCUAGCGGACCCAAGAGUGGUCGGAUCAUCCCAGCCGUGCCUAUUCCCAGCCCACGGGCCACGAAGACGGCGCCUCAUGGACAGCAGUCCACUGCUCCCGCACAAAUGCCUACCGCAGCUCAACAACAGAACGCUACCCAAUUAGCGACUGCUGCCGUCGCUGAAGCCAUGGCUAAGCUCAACCUUCAGAACAAGGGCCAAGGUGGCCAACCGCAAGCCCAAGCACCAGUUUCUGACCCCAUGAACAACUUGGCUCAGAAGGUGGAAGGUAUGCGCGAUCAGCAGAGCCGUCAACAUCAGCCUCGUCAGCGAGGUUCUGGUGACUUCCGUGGUGGUAGGGGCGGAAGGGGAGGUCGAGGAGGUGCUCAUCCUCAACAUCCCAAGAUGGAGGUACCGACGACCGACUUUGACUUUGCAUCUUCAAACGCAAAAUUCAACAAGCAAGAUCUCAUCAAGGAAGCCAUUGCCUCUGGAUCGCCGCUCGGUGACGCUUCAACAGCCCCCGCAGUUGAGGCUCCAUCGAGUGAGAAGGAAGAAGUUGUCAUUCCAGGUGGAUCCAUGUACGACAAGAGCUCUUUCUUUGACAACAUCUCGAGCGAGCUCAAGGACAGGGAAGAAGCGGCCAUGCGUGGUCAGGAGUUUCGCAGCCAGGAACGCCAGAAGAACAUGGAGACUUUUGGCCAAGGUAGCGUUGAUGGUUACCGAGGUCGAGGACGCGGACGUGGUCGUGGUGGCCGCGGCGGUCGAGGCUUUGGGUAUCGCGGCCGCGGAGCUCCUAGGGGUCGCGGCGGUGCCGAAUUUAGCGCCCAGCCUGCCGCUUAG